CCUUCGGGUGGGCGUGCCCGCUGCCGACCCUUAGAACACCUUGUGAGGAUUUUUUAUUUUCCUUAUUUUUGUAUUUUAUUGAAACAGGGUCUCACUAUGUAGCUCUGGCUGUCCUGGAGCUUACUCUGAAGAGACCCACCUGCCUUAGUUUCCAAAGUGCUGCGACUAAAGGCGCGCGUCGCCGUGCCCGGACUUUUGAAACUCCUGAAAGUGGGGGUGAGAGAAUCCAUAGUUAUAGUGGAGGCCAAAGUUGAGUCCACAGUAUAUUGAAUCUACUCGAGCCCAUUCCUUCUGGAGUGAAUAGGUGUCAGGAUGUCAGGGCUUGUGAGUAUGAAGUGACAAAUACCAUUAGUAUGUUUAGGAUCCCUUCACAAAUUGUUGGAAAACCUGUCCAAUCCCAAGCCAUAAUUCAUUUUAUUAUUAUUAUUUCAGAAAACUAAGUUAGCAACUCAAAUAGCAAUUUUUAAAACAAGACAUUGUAAUACGUUACAGCUCAGAGAUAGACUAAUUUGAUUCAUACUAAAGCAUGUCAGCAGGGGCUUAUUAAAAGUUGUGAACCGUAAGCACUUUGCAGUUCGUAGUUUGCCGUAGCCUUGAAUCUGAACUGAGGUGUUUGAGGCAGUGGGCAUUUGCUGGUGCUCUGUGCUUUGACGCAAAGUAGGUGCGAAGCAUGUUGUGGGUUUUGAUGCUGUCAGGCAAGCUCACUGUGGUGUGGCCAUAGAUCAGGCUGUGUUGAGGACAAAGGCUACUGUGGAGUUGCUAGUUGCAGCAUGAGUGCAUGCUGGCGGAAGCACCCUGGGCUCAUUGUACAGGUGUUUGUGAGUUAAUUUUUGAUUCUCGCUCAUUCUGACAUGAUAUUGAAUCAGCUGCCACACCCAGCUACACAGCCCCCAGUUUAAGAAGCUGGAUAUUAAGCGUUCCUAAGUUUUGUUCUAGAGACGUCUUUGCAGCCCCAUCAUCACUAUCUUGUGAAGAUCACAGUCCGGGCGUCACAAGGAUGGCUGUUCUUCUGAAGAGGCUGACGCUGCAAACCUCAAUUGGAAGAUGUUUCAGAACACCCAUUGUGAAGCCAGACCCGGCACAGCUGUCCCUUGCUGCCUCCACCACGAAGCUUGUGCACCUCACCUUUGCCAAAGGUUUCGGUACUGCUGGAGAUGCCCACAGUGGGAAGAGACAGAAGAGGAAAGAUGCUUUUACUAACACUGGAAGGAAAAUCAGUGAGCGGAUUAUCCGCGUCCUGGAUGAGAAAGGCAGUGACCUGGGACUGAUGCAUCGAGCCCAGGUGAUCAGCCUCAUGGACAAGCGGGACUUGAGGCUGGUGCAGAGGAACACCAGAUCAGAGCCGCCAGAGUACCAGCUCAUGACCGGAGCACAGAUCCACCAGGAGCGGCUCAAGCUCCGGGAACAGGAAAAGACCACCCCAAAAGCUGGACCUACUGUGACAAAGGAACUCACAUUUUCUUCAAAUAUUGGACAGCAUGAUUUGGACACAAAGAGUAAACAGGUUCAGCAGUGGAUUGAGAAAAAAUACCACGUUCAAGUCACAAUAAAGAAGGGGAAAAAUGCAGACCAGCCAGGGAAUGAGCCGGAUGAGAUAUUUAACCAGAUUCUCCAGACUAUGCCUGGAAUAGCAACCUUCUCAAGCAGACCGAAAGCCACUAAAGGAGGAACGGCCUCCACAUGUGCUUUUCGUCCCUUAAGCAAGAAAGAAGAGAAGGCAUACAGAGACUCUCAGGAGGCGGAGAGAAGACACACUCUGAGCAAGGAUAACAAAAACACGGAGUCAGAAGUUCUGUGUCACUGA